CCGCUAGUCUGUGAAAAUAUCUAGAACCGAAACCGACAAAUCCGGUAAUGUCAGUAUGCAUAAAUAUAGUUGAAAAUACACUGAUACAUAAUCGCAUUGGGAGUUUGACGUUUUAAAUAAUGACAUAUUUCACAUACUUUCAGAUGCAAGUACAAAUUUUUUCUCUCUUAAAAUGUGACUCGUCCCACUCUCCCCUUCUUUCCGUGUUAACGCUGCAAAAUUUUUCCAAGAACUCACCGAAAUGUCUUUUUUGACCCGCAGCUUUCCAGCUCGCAAGGACCCUUAGGGUCCAGCUACCUACUCGUUUUCCAUGCUUAACAACAGUCCAGGUCAGAAAAAUCGCAUUUUUACUUAGAAUUGGUUCAAAGGCACAAGCUGUGAUGGAGAGUUGAAACGUUGAAAGUGGCGCCGCGUGCCGGCCGUUUGAACAAACUUCCGAACAAACUCUGCGUCCAUCUCUGUUCCUCCUACUCUAUGUCGAUUGUGCCUCCGUUUAUCUGCUCCUUCCUUUUCUCUCUCCCUCCGUCCGUUUCAGAACAUACAACACAGAAUGGCCCACUCUUUCAUUCUACCUCUCUGUCCGAUUUUCUUCUUUUGUUUCUUUUUUUAUCCUUGUUUGCCUGCAAGCUGCAUACUGGCCUCUUUUUCUGCCAGUUCAUUUCCACACACGGCCUGUCCACUCCUUUGCUCUCUCUCUCUCUCUAACUUUCUCUCUCGUUCAUAAGUUACAGCACCCUCCGUUGCAUUCUCUCUUUCUCGACGGGUUUUUCUCUUUCACUCGGUCGGCCGUAGCCUUGAUCGUUCUCUCUCGCUCUCCGUUUGUCUCUCUCCUUCUUGCUGGGGCUCUCUAUCAUUCCUCCGUGCCCUUCGUUUCCAUGCAACCUCCCUCAGUGCGUGACGACGGGUCCGCGGGCCACGGAGAGCCAGAGAGACGCGCGCGCACGGCCAUGUUUAUACUUGAUUUUAGUGGCGUUUCUUUGUCGCGUACGACGCGUUCUUAUCGGUGCACGCUGCAAUAUUAAUUACGCCCGCGACCGGUCGCACGGACCACGUGCGCUCCGUAAUUUUUACCCCAGCCGUGGUUGUGUUCCACUGGCGGGUCGGGAAGUGUCGUUCCUCAACUCUCCCGACUGGAACGCCGAGAGCGUGCGCCGACGCGUAUGUUGGCCUCUUCGGCUCCGAUCGGUGAACACGUUGCCCGAAACCGAAACGUACGGCCAACCAUACACUCGGCUUGGACAGUGGCUUUUUUAACCUGGAGGACGAAACGCGACGUGGAUCGCUCGCCUCCGCGAGAUGGAGGAACUGCAUAACGGUGUCAUCCUGAUUAAGUAUGAACCACGUUCAAGGUGUAGAUCAUGGGAUGACGUAGGACCGACUAAAAUGGAAACUGUCGGUCAAACGCACAGACAUCAUCCAUCCUUAGAGGCAACUAGGUCCAAUACCUCGACACAGUCGGCUAGAAGCGAAGACUCUUGGUGCUCAGCCUCGGAUCAUGACCUCUCCUCGGAUGACGAGAGUGAGAAGAGUAAUAUCAGUAUUAAAAGUAAUUGCCAAUUGAGAAAUACGUUACACAAGGCAAGGACGCUGUGCGAUAAGUGGAGGCCGCAAAAUAUGCGAGUGAACAAUGCCGAUCCAUUGGACUCGCCUGGUAACCAUGGAAGACUAUCUAGAUGGUUUAGCAUCCGGAGAGGAUCGACGCAACAAUAUGACGUGGAUUCCUCCGACACGGUGUCCCUUACCAGCCCCAUCAAAACUCCUCAAAUGCCGCAACUUUGUGAAGUUGAAGAGGAAAACAGUGCAAUGGUGCAAUUUCAGUGCAUGCAGCAACGCAGACAGACCCCACCUGCCCUUCCUCCGACACCUCCGAAUUUAACUCCUCAACAGUUAAAACGUCGACACAUAGUAGCAGCUAUAGUACAUUCUGAAAACAGUUAUGUGUCCACAUUACAGAGGCUAGUGAAUGAUUACAAGAAACCGUUAGAAGAAUCUUCGCCGCCUAUAUUGAGUCAGGCAAAAAUAGCGACAUUGUUUCACAGAUUGCCUGAAAUUUUGCAAUGCCACACGUUAUUCAGAAUUGCAUUAGCGGAAUGUGUACGUUCAUGGGACAAGGACGAGAAGUUAGGAGACGUGUUUGUAGCAAGUUUCAGCAAAGCUAUUGUUCUUGAUAUUUACAGUGGGUUUAUAAAUAAUUUUUCAGUAGCUAUGGACUUGGCUAAACAAGAAUCAAAAAGAAAGACUGCGCUCGCCGAUUUUUUCAAGGUGAAACAAAUAAGUGCACACGAUAGAUUGUCCUUCUUUGGAUUAAUGGUGAAACCUGUGCAAAGGUUUCCACAGUUUAUAUUAUUCUUACAGGAUUUACUGAAGCAUACGCCACAGGGUCAUCAUGACAGAAUGUCGUUGCAAUUGGCAUUGACUCAAUUAGAGAGUUUAGCGGAAAUGCUUAAUGAAAGGAAACGCGAAGCGGAACAAUUCCAAGCGUUUAAAGAAAUGCUUCGGCAUGUAUCUGGAAAAUUGUCUCAUCGUCCUCUUUCUUCUUCAUCUAGGUACCUCAUAAGAGAAGAUAACGUUACGCAGUUGGAAUUUAAUCAAAACGGUAUGAUAACAAAGUCUAAAAGAAGGAGGUUACUAUUGUUGAAUGAUCUUGUGGUGUGCGUUUCGGUAACUCCGAGAUCCGCAGAGGACUUUAGCGGUAGUGAAAGACUGACUUUGAAGUGGACAUAUCCCGUAUCAGAUAUUGAGAUUCAGGAUACAAGCACUUCGCCAACAUUAAGUCGUUUACUGACUGCCGGUCUAAAUAAAGGCGGGAGCCUAAAAUCCGAUAAGAGUGGAGAUUGCGGACAAGUGGGUGCAGAUAACCUCUGCGUAGAAAUGAACGAUUUAAUGCAUGAUUACGAAGUCAUGUCUAGGAUAAGCGACUUGGUUGCACAAUUAAAGGGUAAAUACGAGGGAAUGACGCUUGAGAAAACUAAACAAAUUUUGCAAUCCAUACAACUCUCCAUACAACAGAAGGAUGAGGAUAUGGUUUGGGCAGAUAGUUGUUGUUUGCAAUUAGUAACGAAACAAGGACAGAUGUACACGUUCCAAACGGAAAAUCCAUUAGUGAAGAAAGACUGGAUAACGGAGCUUAGACUGGCACAGCUAGCUUUAGAUCCGAAUAAUUCGCCAUCUUGGGAAGUACCUGAACAAGAACAGCGGCCAUCUACGAAAAUGCCGCUCUUCGUCAGUUCUCAACAAGUGUAUCAUUCGCAACAUCAGACAGAAGUACGUUGCGGCUGCUACUAUACCACGCAAAACCCACGUCCCACGAGGCGCCGUGGAAGAAGUCAAAGUUAUUUGUGGAUAUGUACUGGCGACGGUAUAUCCAGUCAUGUGACAGUAUUUGGUCAAUCAACGACAGCCUCGGCCACCUCCUUAAAGCAAGUCACGACUUUUGAUCUAGUGGAAACGAAAGUCGCGGCCAUAGAGUUCGUGAAGGGUGUGUCCUCUGAUCCACUUUCGCUGGCGAGCGACCUCGUGUGGAUGGGCACGGACUCUCGCAAGAUCAUGAUCUAUGCCGGCUCGGAACCCGAGAAGCAAGAAGAACUCGGAAGUUAUUCCGUUUCAGGUCCAGUCAUACAAAUCAAGUAUCAUUGCGACAAUGUUUUCGUCGCCCUGGGAAUUGGCUUGCUCCUCCUCUUCAAAAGGCAAGUGGACGGCACUUGGAAUCUCAGAGAUCCGUUCGUGAUAUCCCUAGGUAGUGAACCGGUGUCUUGCUUGAUGCCGAUCAACGCCUCUGUUUACGCUGCCUGCGGCAAAAAGGUUUGGGUACUUAACGCAGUCAGCGGCGACGUGAUGAAAAGCUUCAGCGCUCAGCACGAACACGUCGGCAGUGUGAAGCUCAUGGCUCAUUCCGGAGUCGGUCUCUGGGUCGCCCUCAAGAACUCCAGCACCGUCUGCCUGUAUCACACUGAGACGUUCAAACACUUGCAGGACAUUAACAUAGCAUCCAACGUGUUGAGAGUGACGAGGUCGAAUAGCUCCAAUUCUUGUGGCGAUAACUUGAACAACAAUCAAACGGCGGUCACCGUGACAGCGCUUCUGGCGUGCAAGGGUCUGCUCUGGGUUGGUACAAACGUGGGCAUCAGUCUAACGAUUCCUCUGCCACGACUGGAAGGCGUGCCUAUUAUCAGUGGCCGUGUCAAUAUUUCGUAUCACGCGCAUUUCGGUCCUAUUACCUUCUUGCUUGCUAUUCAGAACCCGAAAAACACGAUAAACUGUGCGACCGACGAAAUCGCCGACGAAGAAACUGUGCAGUUACGAUCGAAGGAAUCCGACAACAGUCGAAACAGGGAUCGAGCAAGUUUGGAUUCCUCCAUGUCAAAUAGCAUACUGAAGUUGAAGCAGCAAUUGGCGAGUAGCCCGGUGAUGUUAAGACGGAAACGUAGCAAGGAGUACGAGUACAGAGGCUCUAAAACACUGCCCAGGGGACUCGGCUCCGGCGGAGGAUUUCUGUCGAGCUCGAUGUCCGGAUCGCAGAGCUCCGGUGAGAAUUGCGACGUUUACGGCUUGUACGGGGAAUUGAUGUACGUGAAAGACUACGAGAAUGAGAACAGCUCAGGCAUCGAUUUGAUUUACGAGCCAUUGCGAAGAAGCGAUCCGGAACUAGCAGCCAUACCAAAUAAAGUUAGCACGUUAGAUCGUAGACUGAAGAUGAAGAUCACUAGGCCCAGGUCGCUCGAUUUGUCAAAUUGGUCGGUCGAUUCUCACGCGAGUUCUCUCUACACGUCUUCUGGUUCUGAGGAGAACCUCUCAUUGAAAACUGGCAAACUGUCACGAAACAGUAGCACAGCUAGUCGAAAUGGCCCCUACGAAACAACCACUCCUAAUAGCAGUAUAGGACAGUCUGUACCAGAACCGAUACCACCGACCAAUAAUUUAAAGACGACCGGUAAGAAGAUCAACAAGACGUUGCAACAGAUCGAGCAGCCCAAACGAACCGUUUUGACGUUAAUGGGUGGCAGAGGUUACAUCAAUUGGAGACAGCUAAACGCGCAAUCAGUUACCGACAAGGGCUCUAAAUCGGGCUACACGUUCAAAGAUCCUAAUAGCAACGAUGCUCAUAUCGUGCUGUGGGAAAUGAAGUUAUGAUACUCAGUUACACUAGGCCUGUCGUUACGUCAGCUACGGAUAGAAAUGUUUUAAAGAAAAUGCUUUUAAUAGCCGAUAGUGAGCUUUUGUAGUAUCGGCAAAUAGGACCAAAAAAUGAAGGAAAAAGGAAAAAAGAGAUCAGAAAACUAUUGUCGAACUGAUAUUCACUUAAUCAGUAAGAAUAAUUUGAUAAGGAUUUGUUAAUUAAUUAGCGUAAUUUUUAAGUUCAGCCGCAGCGAUUGUUCGACAUGAAUGCCAUCUUGGAACUACAAUUAAAAACGAAGAUUUCUCGAUUGUCCUUAUCGUUUACAAUGCAAAGAUGUAUAGUCUUUUCGCGUAGCUCUCUAAAAGAAUAAAAAGAAAAAGAAAGCAGAAAUUUCAUAUUUCACUGUACGACGCUUUCAUCCUUCAACACGAUCAAGAUGUUCUAUUUCUUUCUUUCAGGCUGAAUUUGUUUCGUGUACAUUCGUAUACGUUUGUAUAUUGUUUUUUUUCUUCAGUUUAGAAAACUAAAAAAGAAAGGACAAAAAGUAUUGAGAAUACAUGCGUAACUAGAAAGACCAAAACUCGCAAUUAAAUAUUGAUUUCUGGAAAUGCUGGUGUACGAGAGUGUACGCAUUGUUAGAAGAAAGGAUUAAAUCUUGAACAUACGUUUUAAUGGACAUGAUUUGUUAUUUUUGUAAUUAUGUUACGAGAACUGUUUGAAACAGUGGUAUUCUCAAAAAUAACGAUAAUCAUUCAAUGAAUUAUGAAAUUCAAAAUUAUUAAUGAAUUAAUUGAAAAUCUUAAUUGCUUAACGUGGCAGAUGAAAAUGAAUGCGACAGCGAUUUUUGAAUACCGCUAAUUUGAAAUUCCAAUUUUUCGAGUUUUCGUUACUCGAUAAAAAUCGUGUGAUGCGCACAUGAAUUUGUAAGAUACAUGAAUAUAAAACAUUGUCUUACUCUUUAUAAGCAGGACGCUUCGCAUCGUGAGGGAAGACGAUAGACUUUUAAGUGUUUCUCGUUGCUUUCAUUUUGAGUCUUGUAAAUGAAAGUUCGAAAAGGCCCUAAUUUUUGUAAAGAGGGAAAUAACACACAGUAGCAUCUGUGAUUUAUUCUUUUUUUUUUUUUCUUUUUGAUGCAUUAAUUGUGCUUAACAUACGAAGAAUCUCUGAUAAAUGAACAUUUUCUUUAAACUUUAUCUUGCAUUGAUAAAAUUAGAAGAAAAAAAAAGAAAAAAAGAAUAGAAAUAUCGCGAAAGGGAAAGAAUAGAAUUAAAAUGCUCAGAUAACCAAAUUCAUUGAACACGUUUAGUUUUUUUGCUGGAAUAAAAGUGAAAAAUUUUGAAAUUUGGUUUCGAUACUUUAAAAAAAAAAAGGAGAAAAAGAAAAAAAUGAAUAUCGAAUAUCAAAUUGGUUGCUCUUUACUAAAUGAUGUUGCAGAUCAUUCGGUAACAUUUAAUGGCAUUUUUUGAGAGUGCGUAAGGUAUAUUUUAUAUCUUUUAUAAAUGUUAGUACGUUGAACAUUUUUGAUAUAUAUUUUACUGCCAAACGCGAUAGAUAUUUCUCGAGAGAAUAAGGGGAAAAAAAUGGUAGAUAAGAGAAAGAAUGCGCAAAACAAGAGAUCUCUGAUGAUCGAUGACAUAUAAUAUGUUGUCCGUUCUCUAUUUGUGAUAUGAUUGACUAGAGAAAAAAGAUUAGAAAAAUGAAAAAUAAAAAACACAAAAAAAAAAUAAGAUUUAUGUCAGUUACCCAGUGAGAGAAGUAUAUCAUAGUUUUGUCGCAAAUGUGCUGUUGAGUUUCUUCGCUACCAGCAUGGACGAACGAGUCUGCGUGUACAUAUACAUAUUUUCCGAGAAAAUUAAUUUUUAUAUUACAAAUGAAUCCUGGAUAGAUUUAUAUUUUGUACACUACUUUUUUUCUGUUUAGGUUUAUAGAGAUAUAUACAUAAUGUAAUCUUAUUUUGUAUUUAUACGAACGAUACAUACACACGGAAUUUAUUCAGCAAUACUUUGUUUUACCACACGGUACACGCACACGUUAUACACCACGUACAUUGCGCGCACAUAUAUUUAUUACUUAAAACAAAAAAAGUCUCAACGUUGUAUUAUUGUUAUGUACGAAACUUAAAAAUUUUGUUACGUUAGUGUUCGAAAAGGCUAUUCGAUUCAAUGAUUUUCACCAUUUGUAUUUGUAUAUUGCUGGAUAUUAUAAUUAUUUAAAAAACA